AUGCCGUACUGUUCCGGUCAACCAUGGGUACUAACUACAUCUCAACAGAAUUCUGAAAAGCUCAAAAUUAAAGGCGAAGUGCAUAGAUUAGUGGCUUCAAGAGACCAAAAAUUCCAGAGUAACUUUGUCGAGUUUCGAAGUUAUAAAAUUGUAUACAGGCGGUACGCAGGACUGUUCUUCUGUGCUUGUAUCGACGAGUCGGAUAACGAGCUUUAUUACCUGGAAGCAUUGCAUUUAUUUGUCGAGAUUCUUGAUACAUUUUUUGGAAAUGUAUGUGAACUAGAUAUUGUCUUCAAUUUCCACAAAGUAUAUGGUGUGUUAGAUGAGGUGUUUCUCGCUGGUGAGGUUGAAGAAACGUCUAAAAAGGUCAUUCUCCAGCGACUAGAGCAGUUUGAAAAGAUGCCAUAG